CUUUUUAUUAUUCCAACUUGGUUUUUUUAAUUUCGUAUGAACAGUUCUUGUAGCCAGGGGAAAAAAAGUUUCGAUCUUGCUAACUCUUUUUAACUUUUUGUUUUCUCUUCUUAAAUCCCGUUGAAUAUUUUAAGGCUUUGAGUGUAAUUUGUGAAGAAGAAUCGGAGAUGUCGCCGGACGGAGAAGUUUUUCCGGUGGAUUCAGCAUCGGCGGUUGUAGCGACGAAGAGGAAGACAUCUCAGUCAUCGAGGAGUUGGAUUUCUAUAGACGCGACAGGGGAAAAAACUGUGCUUGACGUUGACAAAUACGUGAUUAUGCACCGUGUUCAGAUCCACGCUCGUGAUCUACGGAUCCUUGACCCAAAUCUUUUUUACCCUUCUGCUAUUUUGGGUCGAGAGAGAGCCAUUGUUCUUAACUUAGAGUAUAUAAAGGCCAUCAUCACUGCUGAAGAGGUUUUGAUUCGGGAUUCGUCAGAUGAAAAUGUUAUUCCCGUCCUGGAGGAGUUUCAGAGACGCUUGCCAGUUGGAAACGAGGCUCAUGGUGGUCACGGAGAUGGUGAUGUGGGUGAAGAAGAUGAGUCUCCGUUUGAAUUCCGGGCGCUAGAGGUGGCUUUGGAAGCUAUUUGUAGUUUCCUAGCUGCAAGGACAACAGAACUAGAGAAGUCUGCUUACCCUGCUUUGGAUGAACUUACCUUGAAGAUAAGUAGCCGUAACUUGGAAAGGGUUCGUAAAUUGAAGAGUGCCAUGACUAGAUUGACAGCUCGGGUCCAAAAGGUAAGGGAUGAGCUGGAACAAUUGUUGGAUGAUGAUGGUGAUAUGGCUGAUCUCUACCUUACGAGGAAGCUUGUUGGUGUAUCUUCAUCGCUUAGCGUUUCUGAUGAACCCAUUUGGUAUCCUACAUCCCCAACUAUUGGUGCCAAGAUUUCCAGAGCAAGUAGAGUAAGUUUAGCCACGAUUCGCGGGGACGACGAAAAUGAUGUUGAAGAAGUUGAAAUGUUGCUGGAGGCAUAUUUUAUGCAAAUCGACAGCACUUUGAACAAAUUAAAUGAGCUACGUGAGUAUAUUGAUGACACAGAGGAUUACAUUAACAUCCAGUUAGACAAUCAUCGAAAUCAGCUGAUUCAGUUAGAGCUAAUGUUAAGCUCUGGAACCGUCUGUGUAUCAAUGUACUCAAUGAUCGCGGGAAUAUUCGGCAUGAACAUCCCCAAUACAUGGAACAACGACCAUGGAUACAUUUUCAAAUGGGUCGUGAGUCUCACGGGAACGUUUUGCGCAAUCUUGUUCGUGAUUAUACUGUCGUACGCUCGGUUUAGAGGGCUCAUCGGAUCUUAAUGACAACAGAGGUCAAUUGGUACAGAUUUAUAGCACAGGGUAAUCUGAGUAUGUGAGGAGCAGAUUAAGGAACCGAAAUAGAUAACCGAACAAAACCAAUUGGGUUUUCUCUCUUCUGUAAUUUGUAAUGUGUGACUGAUGACUACAUUUUGUAAUUUGACACCAACCCAAAAUUAAAGAACCGAAAUAGAUAACCGAACAAAACCAAAAUUACAAGUUCGGUUUCA